AUUACAUCCUAUAUUUCAGCGUGCAUCGUUCGUGAUUUAUUUGGCAAUAAGACCUCCUGCACAUCAGAGACGAAGUCUUCGUGCACCGCUUCAAAAUGCUAUCCCGGUGAUAGGACGACUGAAACAUCAGCAGUAUGAGGCGGUUCUUUGCUGAAGUGCUUCUAGCACUUUUCUGCGCUCUUGCCAUAAUUUCCUCACAUACGAAAGCCACUGUGCAAGCUAAAGAGACAGUCCGGCAGCUUGUGGACGCUCCGAGCGAUCUCAUUCCUGACGAAGAGCAGAAACAGAACUACUGGGCAAAUGGCGGUAAUAAUGUGGUUCACGAUGUCUGGUCUAUCCUACGGGACUUCGAGCCGACCUGGAAAGAUAGUGUCACCCCUGCUCAGCCAACUUCUUUACUCGAGAACAUCUGGUACUAUCUCCGCUUAAUCUUCCGCACCCUCUUCAUGAACGCACCAGCCCGACACGACGAUGAGACACCGCAAGUGAAAGGCGACCUGCGCAAGGCUGUUGAAACACUCAAGACUGCUGCCCUCUUUGAAGACCCAGAUGCGAUGUUCAUACUUGCCGAAAUGAAUUUCUAUGGCAACUUCUCCUAUCCACGAAACACCCCCGAAUCCCUGGCAUGGUACAAUAAACUCGCUUCUCUCAAUGGCAAUAGCACGGCGCAAUACAUGUCAGGCUUGAUAUAUGGUACUGGGUUAGGUGGUGCCCCCCGUGAUCAAGCCAAAGCUCUACUCUACCACACCUUUGCCGCGGGACAAGACAACAUCAACUCAGAAAUGACCCUCGCAUACCGUUAUCACGCAGGCGUUGGAUGCCCGCGGGACUGCAACAAAGCAGUAUCAUUUUAUAAGCGUGUGGCAGACAAGGCAAUGGACUUCUGGGCGGCGGGCCCACCGGGAGGACUUAGCUUCACGCGAAAUGCAUAUCGUUGGGUUGAAGUGGAUGGUGGGAUCUAUGGCGAAGGCGCAAGCGUGAGUUCUUCGGGGCCCAACGCACCAAGAGAUGGUGUGAUAACUACACACAUUGAUGACGUGCUGGAUUACCUUGACACGAAAGAACGACAGGGGGAUUUCACGGCCAUGCUUGGAAUUGGGAAGCACUAUUACGAAGCGCCGCGUGGAUACAAGAAAAAUUUCCGCAAAGCACACCGUCAGUUUAUGAAGGUUGCACGUGCAUACUGGGGCAAGGACGGCAAGGUCAGUCCCAAGGCACCCAAGGGCAUCGACCGUGUGGCAGCCAAGGCCGCAGCAUACCUCGGGCGCAUGUUUCUACGAGGUGAGGGUGUCGAUCAGAACUUUGAGAAAGCUGCAAUGUGGUUCAAACGAGCAAUUGCGAAUGGCGAUAGUUUCGCUCAGUAUCAUAUCGGUCUGAUGUACAGGGACGGGCUGGGUGUGCCAAAAGAUGGCCUCCGGGCAGGGACAUACCUCAAGGCUGCAGCGGAACAGAGUCUACCCAUUGCGCAGUCGGCGUUGGGCGUUCUGUUCCUCGAUCAGGGUGAUAUCGAGACGGCGUCGCGUUAUUUCGAACUCGCCGCUGGCGCUGGAGUCAUGGAAGCAUUCUAUUAUCUAGCCGAACUUACCAAUCAAGGUGUCGGACGGGAAAGAAACUGCGGCCUGGCGAGCGUCUAUUAUAAGCUCGUCGCUGAGCGAGCAGAGGGCUUGCAUUCGAGUUUCUCCGAGGCCAACUCUGCUUACGAACGGGGCGAUUGGGAGAGAGCACUAGUCGCGAGCAUCAAGGCUGCUGAGGCCGGGUACGAGAAUGCCCAGGCCAACGUGGCUUACCUACUGGACCGCAAGACCAGUGUCCUUGAUGUUCCAGGUCUCUCGAUGCUUUUUUCGAGCAAACCCGAAGUCGGGGCUGGGCGAAGUAGAUUGCUGGACGACGAGUACCUCGCGCUGGCGUACUUUACGAGGAGUGCGAAGCAGUCAAAUGUGGAUUCACUGAUCAAGAUGGGGGAUUACUAUCUUAGCCUCAGAUCAUCACCGCAUGUGCUGCGUGGGUUGUUGCCCAACGACACCAAAGAAGACGAGGUGAAGAGCAACCUCGAAAGAGCGACGACAUGUUACACGACAGCGGCAGAAAGCCACCACAGCGCCCAGGCGCUCUGGAAUCUGGGAUGGAUGCACGAGAACGGCAUCGGUUCCGUGACGCAGGAUUUCCACAUGGCGAAACGAUACUACGAUCUCGCGCUGGAGAUGAACAAGGAGGCGUACCUGCCCGUUACGCUCGCGCUGGCCAAGUUAAGGCUGCGGAGCUGGUGGAACGGCGUGAGCGGUGGCAAGGUCAACUCGAUCCGCGAGGACGAGGACGAGGAUAAGAAACGGCCCAAGUCGUGGGGCGAGUGGGUCAACCGGUUCCUCGACGCGGCGGAAGAGAUGGACGCCCAAGAAGCUGCGGCGAUGAUGCGGGAACGCGACGGGGACGAGGAGAUGCUGGGGUACGCGGAGCCCGGGAUGCCCGGUGGCGAUUCCGACUAUGCGGGCAGAGAGGGGCAGAGGCACGGCGAGGACGUGUACGGCGCCGAUGAGUGGGAGGACAUCGACGACGGCUUGGUCGAGAGUCUGAUCAUUAUCGCGCUCGCCGGAGCUCUGGCUCUGCUCGUGUAUGCGAGACAGGCUCGCCAGAGGGGCUUGGAGCAGGAGAGACGCGAAGCUCAAGAGCGUGCGAGAGCUCAGGCUCAGGCUCAGGCUCAGCCUCGUGUGCCAACGCAACCACAGGCGCAGGCGCAGCAGGGCAACGGCUUCUUCCCUGGACCUGGCGAUCCCGAAUUCAAUAAUUGGGUCGCUGGUGGGGUCGGUCAUUAAGAAGGAAGAGGACGAUGAUGAUUGGAAAAGUAGAAUCUUAUGUCUAGAUGACUUUUUCUCUGUAUAUCUUCUCUGUAUAAUACAAG